UGGACUUUCUCCCAAUGGGCUUUGGUAGUGGUAACUGGUAAUGAAAUGUGGCAUGUGCGAGUAUUAUCUAGUGAACGUGGUUCCACGUGGCAGUGUGUGAGUCGAUUCGCUGUGAGAGCUUAACUGCCUCACUGACCAAGAACCAUCUGCUCUCUAACUAAUACUGCUUCUUGGUUUCUACUUCAAUUUGUUAGUGCUUCAAUCGUUUGCUUUUUGGUCUUAUAAUGUUUGCUGUAUAGAAUAUAAAUCAUGGAUUGUCAUGCAGUUUCUCUGGGAAAGAUUAUCUUUUUGUCAAGUCAAUGUUCUAAAAAAAGUGCUCCAAGGGUUUUAUGGCCAAUGCAAAAGCUGAAUAUGGGAUACCUCAACAGACAUAAAUAUAUGCCAUAUUUGUACCAAUAUUCCGAGGGGAGACUGUCUAUUCACCAUAGCUCUUGGCAAACAUGUUGCACACAUGUUAUUCUAGAGGGGGAAUAUUCAUCUCCACGAGCUGCAAAUAGUUCAAAUCCGAUGCAUGUUGAUGAGUUUGAUGUGGAAGAGGUUCUUUCACAACCAUUGGGCAGUGCUGAGUUAAAAUUGUUAAUGGCUGAUUCUGAUAGAGCAAAGCUUAUCUCUAAACUAAGUGAAGCCAAUCGACAUAAUCGUUUCCUCAAGCGACAGUUGCAAGAAAAGGACAAUGAAUUGGUUAACUUUAAGAGUGAUCUUGCUGCAUUGGAUUACGAAAUUCAGGCAUUACUGUCAUUGGCUGAAGAAAUUUCCAAAUCUCCCAUUCCACAAGGUUCACGGAAGAUAAAUGGAAAAUACAUUCAGUCUCACCUUGUUUUACGAUUACAAGCUGUAAAUAAGAAAAUGAAAGAACAGAUAACGGAUGUGGAUGCUGUACUACCAAAAGAGGUGCACUUAUUUUGGAGUGGCAUGGCAGAGAGUGUUCAAGUUAUGGGCAGUUUUGAUGGCUGGAGUCAAGGAGAGCACUUGUCACCGGAGUUUACUGGCUCAUACAUGAAAUUUCAGACAACACUAAUGCUAAGACCUGGGAGGUAUGAAAUCAAAUUCUUGAUAGAUGGAGAGUGGUACUUAUCCCCAGACUUUCCUACCAUCGGUGCGGGUUCAAUACAAAACAAUCUGUUGAUUGUAGAAUAACUUGCAUGUGCUAGAGCCUGGAGCCAACAUAUCAAAGAUGCAUGAUGAUUGUAGAGUAACUUUUUGUGUUACAUAAGAGCAAAAUCUUGGAAUGUGCCAUUAAGCAGCAAUUAGGCUGUAGUAUGCCCAUAACUAGGUUGUAUCAAAUCUACACAGGAACCUUUUCUGAUUAUAUAUAUUAAUUUAGUGUUUUUCAUUAA